AUGGGGUCUGCAUCUAACCUUGCAAAGACCCUUCUUAUCCCGGCAGUGAUCUCCCUAACACUCUACGUUCUCAUAUCCUUCGUAAUCGUCCCAUUCUUCCGCCGUUACCACCAACGAUACUCUCAGUAUCUCCCGCUCGAAACCAUCUCAGCACACACCUCCUCUCUCCGAGACCGCAUUGCCGAUGCCGUGAUGCGCCGGUUCCUCCCGUCCUCUUGGCGAGAGCAAGCACACCUCCCAGACGCCCACGACAACAUCAGUAUUCUCGACGAGGAAGGCGAAAUCAUGGUGGGCAUGAAUGUGGAUCCCGCCCACCGAGAAGCGCUCGAGCGACGACGCAGUACAGCUGCCGAUGACAGUCGGCUGAGCCGGGACCUCGAGGAAGGGUUCAUGGACGACAGCGAGGAGGAAGACGAGGAAGGGGAUCGCGAUCGCGGGCGUCGCCAUUAA